CAAGUGCUGAAAAAGAGAAUGAAGGCUGUGGUGAUAACAACUGAAGGUGGUCCAGAAGUUCUCAGGAUUCAAGAAGUGGGAGACCCAGAAAUGAAAGAAGAUGAGGUGCUGAUCAGAGUGUUGGCUUCGGCAAUGAAUUUAGCUGACACAUUCCAAAGGAAAGGCCUUUAUCCUCCUCCACCAGGAUCGAGCACAUACCUGGGCCUUGAAUGCUCCGGUGUCGUGGAAGCCGUGGGCAAGAACGUCUCUCGUUGGAGAAUCGGAGAUCAGGUUUGCGCUCUUCUCAGCGGGGGAGGAUAUGCCGAGAAAGUCGCCGUGCCAGAGGGACAAGUGCUUCCGGUUCCACCGGGCAUCUCUGUCACGGAUGCGGCGAGUUUGCCUGAGGUGGCAUGCACCGUUUGGUCCACCGUUUUCAUGAGGAGUCGGCUCUCCACAGGAGAAAUGUUCUUGGUUCAUGGAGGUUCCAGCGGAAUCGGUACAUUCGCAAUCCAAAUAGCGAAGUACCACGGUGCCCGAGUCUUUGUCACGGCAGGUAGUGAGGAAAAGUUAGCUGCUUGCAAGGAUCUUGGAGCUGACGUAUGCAUCAAUUACAAGACCGAGGACUUUGUCGCGCGAGUCAAGGAAGAAACAGAACAGAGAGCAGGGGUUGAUGUCAUUUUGGACUGUGUCGGAGCGUCCUACUUCCAGAGAAACCUCGAUUGCUUGAAUUUCGAUGGGAGGCUCUUCAUCAUCGGUUUUCUGAGUGGAGUAGCGACACAGGUCGAUCUGAGAGGUCUGCUCGCCAGAAGUCUGACAGUCCAAGCCGCCGGCCUGCGAUACAGAAGUUCAGAGAAUAAAGCCGCGAUCGUGAAGGAGGUCGAGCAGAACGUUUGGCCAGCAGUUGCAGAAGGCAAAGUGAAACCUGUGGUUUUCAAGUGUUUUUCUCUAUCCGAAGCAGUGGAAGCGCACCGGCUCAUUGAGAGUAGCAAACACAUUGGCAAGAUACUGCUCCUUCCUUGAAGUCGUGGCACCUGUGCCAGUGACCUGAAAACAGCAUCUGGAUACAAGCCCCUUAAAGAGUUGUCAGUGUACCAUCGGCUUCAAUGAACAAGACAAAUUCGUGUUGAAGUUGUAACGUGGGUGGGCUACUUGUGAUGGAAUUAUGAACAUAAGAACGAAUUAACGUGCCUUUUGCAGCUA